AUGCUCACGUUCGAGGCUCUUCCUGGCUUUUUCGAAGCGUUCCCUGUGGCCGGUGCCGGCGCGGUCGACGCCGGGCUCGGCCUACACACCCAAAGAUGCGGCUCGUUCGCCAACUGGCGCGAUCUGUACGCGCGGAUCCCGCCAGACACGGACCAGGAACGGUACAAACUGGUCGCGUUGGCGCGCCAUGGCCAGGGUUACCACAAUGCGGCGAUUCUGCGCUACGGAAUGGAGCAGUGGAACGCGUACUGGGCGUUUUUGGACGGUGACGGCGAAACGCAGUGGCUCGACUCGCAUCUCACGCCCCUGGGGCGGAACCAAGUGCGCAACGCCUCGCGUGCGCACCUGGAGCCGCUCGCCAAAGAGUUGCAGCAACUGCCACGGUUUUUCUGCUCGCCCAUGCGGCGAUGCAUCGAAACUCUGACGGAAGAAUGGACGUCGCUCGUGCGCGACGCAGGGCCCGUCCGAAUCGAGAUCCUAGAACAGCUACGAGAGAGACUCGGCGAGCACACGUGCGACAAGCGCGUCGGACACUCGGUGACGGUUCAGGAGUACCAAGGAGCGCAGAUCGGGCGCGGAUCGCUGCAGUUGGAGUACGAGCCCAAUUAUUCCGAACCCGACGCAUUGUGGCGCAAGGAUCAUCGCGAAACGGACGCAGAGAUGGACGUGCGUAUUGACGCUGCCCUCCAGCAGGUGUUGGCCAACGCGGACCGUUUCAUCUCGAUCACAUCGCAUUCGGGAACGACCCAGGCGCUGUUGCGCGUCUUCAAGCACCCGGCAGUCACAAAUUUGCCGACAGGGGGGAUUGUGUUUUGCGUGGUUCGUGUUCGCGGGCAAGACACCACUGCUGCCGCGAUCAGAGUCGCGGCGGGAACCACGACGGGACCCACUCCCGGUAUCAAACCCCAGCUUUGA